CUGUCCCCAGGUGGGCAGUGCCAGGCUGGCACAGCGAGGCCUCCUCACCCUUCCUGGUGACAGAGGGAGUCUGAUUGAAUUUGCUGGCUCCCACUCACUCUGCCCCAAUUUUCAUCAGGACAAAUGAGAAGAACCUGUCUCCAAGCGCAAGAUUUUGGGAAUGUGUGUCAGAGAUGCCUGUCAGUAAAACAUCCGUCUUGCCCUAAUUUCUGCAUGGAGUGCUGCAAUGUCGAGUGAAAUAACCUUCCAAGCUGGCUCUGGUGCAGAGGAAGUAAUACGCAAUGAGAAAACUCUCAUCAUCUGUGCAUCAGGGAGAGAAUUACUGACUGAGUGCUGAGCAGUCAAGUUAUUGAUUCAAACCAAAGCCCAGUCUCUCUGUCUGCUGGGCUGGUUAUAUCCUGCUGGUUCAUUGCAUUUAAUCGGAUUCCCUGAGCUGCCACGCAGAGGGGGCGAGUUAGAACCAGAUCCAUCUAUAAUGUUCGCUUCAAAAUCCAGUUCUGUGUCCCCUUCUCCGUCCAUGGAACAGGCAGAUUCGGAUGCUCUGGACAUCAGCACCAAAGUGCAGCUGUACGGUGUGCUCUGGAAGAGACCCUUUGGGAGGCAGUCAGCCAAAUGGUCCAGGAGGUUCUUCAUCAUUAAGGAAAGCUUCCUGCUGUACUAUGCUGAGAGUGAGAAGAAGAGUUUUGAAAGCAAUAAAUACUUCAAUAUCCAUCCCAAGGGUGUUAUACCCCUGGGAGGCUGCAUUGUGGAGCCCAAGGAAGAGGCCAACAUGCCUUAUGCCAUAAAGAUCUCUCAUGAAGACUUCCAUGGUAACAUUGUUCUAGCAGCCGAAUCAGAGUUUGAGCAGGCUCAGUGGCUGGAGAUGCUACAGGAGUCUGGAAAAGUGACCUGGAAGAAUGCCCAACUGGGAGAAGCCAUGAUCGAGAGCCUGGAAGCUCAAGGACUACAGCUGGCCAAGGAGAAGCAGGAAUAUUUAGAUAAACUAAUGGAAGAAACAGAAGAGCUAUGUCUGCAGAGGGAGCAAAAAGAGGAACUUGAGCGUCUGAACCAGAUCCUGGAAGCAGAGAAGCAGCGUUUUGAAGAGGUGGUGCGGGAGCUGCGGCUGGAGCAGGAGGAGAUUAGACGGGAGCUGGAGCUCACAGCCCGCUCCCUCAAAGGAGUGGAGGAAGAAAAGAAAGAGUUGCGAAGCCUGACACAGUCCUUACAGAACACCCUAGAGGAGCUCUCCCUGGAAAAACAACAAAUGCUGGAGAUGCUGGAAGAAAAUGAGAGCCAGAUCCCACCUUCAACCAGCCCCAGCAAGGAGCAAAGCCCCAUCUGGGGUCUGCACUGCAGCCUGCGACAGAUUGAAGAGAAGAUGCAGCAACUUCUGCAGGAGAAACUCUUGGCAGAGAAAAGGAUGAAGGAGAAUGAGGAGCGGUCUCGAGCACUGGAGGAGGAGCGGGAGUUUUACUCUUCCCAGUCGCAAGCGCUGCAGAACUCGCUCUCGGAGCUGACUGCAGAGAAACAGCAGGCAGAGAGAGACCUCAAGGCUGAAGUGAAGGUUCGCAUGGAUCUGGAGAAGAGACUGAGAGAAGCUGAGGAAGCAUUGCAGAGCUUGGAGCAAGGCUUAAAUUCUCUGAAUUGCAACAAGGAGAAAGAGAAGAAGAUGAAAGCAGAUGUCAGUAACUUGAGAAAGUUCUUUGAAGAGUGCAUCCGCAAUGCUGAGCUGGAGGCCAAGAUGCCUGUGAUCAUGAAGAACUCUGUGUACAUCCACAAGGCUGCCACUCGCCGCAUAAAGAGCUGCCGCUUCCGCUGCCGGAGAACCAGCGCUUCAUGGAACGACAUGAAACAGUCGCAGUCCUUCAUCUUCUCGCAUGCAGAAGCUGAAAACAUUGAGGAGCUGAAAGAAGCAGCCAAAAGACUGAGCCGGGACCAGCGCUUUAGGAAAACCAUCUAUCAAAUCAUGAGGUCACAAAAGGAUUCUGCUGCAGGGGACAAAAAGUGACUCUGCUUGGGAGGGGGCUGCUGAGAUCAACCUGCCAUUCCGCUCUGCAAAAGAUACAGCCUUGGGCACUAGGCCCAGAAGGGAGGUUUGGCAUUUGGUGGGGAAGGUGGGAGAGAGUUUGUGUGUAGGCAAUCCCUUCAGUUUUUGGCUUUGCUUUAGUUUGAGUGCUCCCUGCAGCCUGGCAGACCUUCUCUGCUGAUCACUCCAGACCUGUUUGCUUCAGCUGCUUACAUUCAGCCGUGUUUUGCCAAGAUGCCACAGUCGGUAUAAAAGUGAACCAGAGACCGUAGCUUAGGAAGUGCCUCUCCUUUCCUUCCCUGUCUAGUCUGUCUGCCAAACACAAGUGCUUUUGAGGAAGCCUUUAGCAGCCUGUGUUCCAGCUAGUGUAAUCUCCCCAGCUGAGCACAGCUCACGCUGUUCUGCCUGAUCCCCUCUAGGAGAUGGCUCGCUGCACACCCUCAGUCAAUCAGCACUUUGGUGGGGCACGUUUCCUGAAGACUGCAGCAGUCCCAGCCUCCCUAGCAUAGGCAAAAGUAUCAAACACAGGGCCAAACUUUCUGUCUUGAUGCUACAUCAUUUCAAGCAAACAGCAACAACACAACGUGAAGACAACAGGAGGAUGCUGUGGAUUUGGGUCCAAGGAGGAGCAUGUACAGAGAAAAGCUUAUUGGUAACUCAACGGCAUCGAUGCAAGCUGGAGGGAGGGUUCUGUUGUGUUCAUGGUGGGCAGAACAUUCCAGGGCCACCUAUGCACAUUUUUUGCACUGGGAUGUCUAGCUGUGUCAGAACAGGGGAAUAUGUGCAAGGGAAGGUGUUAGCUAUUGGCUAUCUAUUCCUCAGUGUGAAGAAGCCUUUGUCUCAGUUUUGAUGGCUUCCUCAACACCUCUGUAAAAUGAUUUGGAGGGCAGGAGGGUGAGGACUGUCCAGCAACAAAACCCAUUACCACUUCAGGCAGGCUGUCAGGGCUGUGGAAGACGAGUACAGGAGAGGAGUCACUUUGUUGGGGAGCCCCUUGCAGCCUCUCCUACCUAUUUUAAGCAAGCAGUUGGGUAAUAAUUACCUGUGCUGUAGAAACAGCACUGCCUGGUGCUUACAGAGCACAGGAUAAGCACACUCUGAGUGACACCCUGUUUUCUCCUGCAUAUUAAUUGAGAAAUAAAGAAAUAGACAAUACAAAGGUGAAUAAAGUUAGCAGCAGAAAUAUGGCUAGGGGGUGGUAAAGUGCAAAUUUACUGUAUCUUUCAUGGCAUCAGGACCCCUGGGUAUUUUGUAUGUCCAGUGACACACAGGUAGUUGCUUUGCUACUGUCCCACUCAGACUGUGGCAGUGUCCACUCACAGCCUUUGCCUUCUGGCCACCUACAUAAUUCCCUACCAACUUAGUGUUGUUCCUAGGGAGAAGUCAAGAAUGAGGCUGGGAAGCAAACCUUAGCUUACCAGCCAGAGGAGAGGGGUUAAUGCUGGGUGGAGGAGCAUCCUGUGAUGGAGUGAUCCUCCAAUGGAAACCCUCUAGUGUGACCAGAGGAAAAGCUUUGAAAGCACAGCCUGUACUUCCCAUUUCAGUCAGUUACUGACUAGUAUCCUUCUGCCAGGCAUUUGGGAGGGUUCAUCCAAUCAGAAGAUCCAUCUCUGAAGGAUGAUGUUUUUGUGAUAAUAGGUGAUAUGGUAGGAGAAGAUAGUUUCCAUCCUUCCUUAGCAUACCAAAUCCUUCUGUGGUUUACCUACUUGUGUUUAUAUGCUAGAAAGCCACAAAUGAAUUCUUGCUCCUACAAGGCUGAAGGGCUGUGAUAAAACAAUACAGAAAUGUUUUGGGUUUUUUUCCUUUAUGCUGUUUCCAAAUAAUCUCUAGCUAUUUUCCAGUAACAAGGUCUAUAUUAGGUGAUGCUGGAAGGGACAGAAUAGAGGAUAGCUAGGGAAUGCAUCUGUAAUGCAGGCAGUCAGAAAAAUCACCCUGUGGCCUGGGAACACAGCAUUUUUGUUCUAUUACCAUCAAAGCCACAAUAUCUGACUCUUCAGAAGUAUUGUAUGCAGGAGGUAGCCACAUCAGGUCUUCCUUUACUGUUCAUAUUGACAGCAAUAAGUAAAUAAAAGUUAUGCUGACACUAGAAUGAAUUCCUGUGUGUUCUUGAUGCACUGUCACCAAAAUGAUGUUAAAUUGUCUUUGCAGGAGUUCAAAC